ACCAACAGCUGUAAACACGACUCUGAGGCUUCGUGAUCUGAGAGCAUCCAUGAUCCCCUUGAACAUCUCAGCCUACAUCAUCCCAGCCACAGAUGCUCAUCUGAGUGAGUACAUCGCCCCCAGAGAUGCGAGGUUGGCCUGGAUGUCUGGCUUCACUGGCUCCGCAGGAACAGCAGUAAUUACUCAAAACAAGGCUGUUUUGUGGACAGAUAGCCGCUACUGGAUUCAGGCAGAGAGACAAAUGGACUGUAACUGGGAGCUACUGCGAGAUGCCUCCAUUCGCAGCAUUACCAACUGGCUGAUCCUAGAGAUCCCUGAGGGAGAUCAGGUGGGCUUUGACCCAUUCCUCUUCUCUGUAGACAUUUUUGACAUCUACAACACCAACCUGGCUCCAGCUGGCCGGAUCCUGAAGUCUAUUCCUGAUAACCUGGUGGAUAAAAUAUGGACAAAUCGACCUCCUCUGCCUCCUGAUAACCCCACACACUUACCUGACAGUGUCAUCGAAAGGACCUGGCCAAUGAAAGUAGAUCAGAUACGAGCCCAAAUAAGUGACAAUCCAUACAAGCCCACCGCUGUGCUGCUUUCAGCUCUGGACGAGACCGCAUGGCUGUUUAAUCUACGAGGCAACGAUAUCCCUUUUAAUCCAUUCUUCUAUUCUUACACUCUGCUGUCAAUGGAUGAGAUAUGGCUCUUUGUGCACACUGAACGAAUAACAGAAGAGUUGAAGGUGUACCUGAACACUACAUGCUACCAUUCCUAUUGUGUGCAGCUGCUUGAGUACAGCUCUGUGCGCUCAUACCUGCAGUCCUAUCUACAGAGACCCAACAUGAGAGUAUGGGUGGGUACAGAGUACACCAACCAAGCCCUGUAUGAGCUCAUCACUCCUGAGGACAAACUUCUGACAAGCACCUAUUCUCCAGUACUGACCACAAAAGCAGUGAAAGAUGCAACUGAGCAGCGUAUUCUCAAAGAGGCUCAUGUUAGGGAUGCAGUCGCAGUCAUGCAGCUUCUGAUGUGGCUUGAGAAGAAAGUUCCAGAAGGAACAGAGAAUGAACUUACAGCAGCACAUUUUGUCGAUCAGUGUCGCAGCAAACAGAAGAACAGCAGAGGGCCGAGUUUUGAGACCAUUUCUGCAAGUGGACCUAAUGCUGCUCUUGCUCACUACAGUCCAUCUAAUGAAACUGCAAGGAAGCUGUCAGUGGACGAGAUGUAUCUGGUUGACUCUGGAGGACAGUACCUUGAUGGUACUACUGAUAUAACGCGUACUGUGCACUGGGGUAAACCCACUGACUUUCAAAAGGAGGCCUACACAAGAGUGCUCAUGGGAAAUAUUGAGAUUUCAAGAGCCAUCUUUCCUGCUGGAACUAGAGGCGUGAACAUGGAGAUGCUGGGACGAAGAGCAUUGUGGGAAGUUGGUUUAAAUUAUGGUCAUGGCACAGGUCAUGGUGUGGGCAACUACUUUGGAGUCCAUGAAUGGCCUGUGGGUUUUCAGUCCAAUAAUAUUCCAUUUCAAGAGGGGAUGUUCACAUCAAUUGAACCUGGUUAUUACAAGGAGAAUGACUUUGGUAUAAGGAUAGAGGACAUUGCUGUCACUGUUCCAGCUACUACAAAGUAUGGCAACAAUUACUUGACAUUUGAAACUGUCUCACUGGUGCCUUAUGACAGAAAACUGAUAAACACAUCUCUUCUAAGUCCUGAGCAGCUGCACUGGCUGAACAAAUACUAUGAGACCAUCCAGAGCGUGGUGGGUCGCGAGCUGGAGAGGCAGGGGCUGAAGGAGGAGUAUGACUGGAUGAUGAAGCAUACAGCACCCUUCCUUACAGCUGGAGCUUCAGCUGUCAUCUCCUCAAUCACACUGCUAGUAACAGUGCUGCCCUCUGUUUUACUGCAUAACCUGCUGUAAAACAAGCACUGAAGAGUGUAACCCACUUCACAGCGUUCAGUACUGCCUCUGCUCCCAUUGUGGGCUGGGGUGACAAACUCACUUUCAGGUACAAACAGAAAAGCUCCAAUGUUGCAUACUUAAAUUAAGCUGUCUAUUAUACAGUGUUCUUUCUUUCUCUUAAUUAUUCUCUU